AUGAAUACAUGUACAAGGUGCUUGCGCACCCCUCUGAAAGCGCCCUGGAAAGCGAUUCAAUCUACCUCGCUACCGAGAGAGGCGUUCUCUUCGAGAGGCUUCGUUUCGACGGUUUCGCGGUCAACUAAAAUACAGUCGCGAAGAAUCUCAACGGAUUCUUCCAAAAGCAGCGGUAACAAAUAUGGGAAUCGCACAAAACUAGCCUUUGCUUUAGCCGUGUCUGGCUUUACCACUGCAGUCAUACUUCUCUAUGGUGGUCAUCGAGACGCUGUGCGGAUGGAUUGGCAGCCCAAACGAAAGCCUGCUGUUGACCCAACCCCUGCACCGAGUUCAGGCAAGCCAGUGCCCCCUGAUCCCUAUACGGUCCUCGGGCACGAACCAAUAGACGUAUCAAAAUUUCCCGUAGAGGAUGCUAUACUCACAACAGCACCAAACGUUCCUCCACCGAUUACCCGAGACCACCCGGCCCUUCUUCGCGUCCCAUUAACCACGACCACCAAGCUGUCGCAGCUUACAAGCGUGUACAAAUAUGAUCAAUGGACAUUCAAUGAUUCAGUUCCGGGACCGUUUAUCCGAGCACGAGCAGGAGAUGUAAUAGAAUUGACGAUAACAAACAAGGACCCAUCUGGUAAUCCGCACAACAUCGAUUGCCACGCGUUUAUAGGUCCUGGUGGCGGCGCACCGUUGACAACCGUGGGGUUCAACGAGUCCAAAACUGCAAGGUUCCAGCUUCUUCACCCAGGAUUAUACGUGUACCAUUGUUCAGCGGCCCCAGUACCAGUCCACAUCGCGAAUGGAAUGUAUGGCAUGAUAUAUGUGCAGCCGGCUGAGGGCGACCUCCCGCCAGUGGAUAAGGAAUACUUUGUUCUACAAAGCGAGUUUUAUCAUGAACCUCCUGAAGUUGAAGACGAUGGACGCCCAUCAUCCAUCGUAGAGUUUUCGUACCCUAAUGCUUUACGAGAAGAGCCCAACGUCGUCGUGUUCAACGGCAGCGAGUCGGCCCUCACAAGAGAUAAACCCCUCACGGCGAACACCAACGAAACCGUUCGCAUUUUCUUUGGCAAUGCAGGGCCAAAUCUGACCAGCUCGUUUCACGUUAUCGGCAGUAAUUUCAAAAAAGUUUAUCGCGAGGGCGAUGUGAUCAGCCCACCUGGCCAGUUUAUACAAACCGUCUCUGUACCCCCUGGCUCUGCUACUAUAGUUGAUAUGGAGAUGUCGGUCCCGGGGACUUAUGCGCUCGUGGAUCAUGCUAUUUUCCGUAUGGACAAAGGGGCGGUGGGAUACCUGAAUGUCUCCGGGGAACAGAGACCAGAUAUCUAUGGGAGCACACAGCCCCCAGCGCCUUGUGUUGGGUGUAAAUUACAUCCUUGACCAGGUCAUGUUCUCGAUACGUAUCUAUUUCUUGAUCUUGGUUCGAUUUUGUUUCGGAUUAUCUAUUUCAACUGUUGCAGAUAUUGACACUAUUCUUAUUCCUUCCGGAAGCUUUCUUGUCCUACCGUGAGACUGGAUAAAAAGGCUGCUGCAUAUGGAUAUAGCUCUCACAGCGAAGUUUCUUUUGGCCCACAGUGGGAAAAAGAGCAACCAAUUCCAUGAUUGGACGCAUGACAAUCGAACUUGGAGAGAAGGCAUUUUUGGUCCUCUAGCCGUAAUAUUUAAUUGGCUUUUGUGACAAUGGAAUGAUUACUUCACAUAUUUCUUGCAGUAUGCCCU